AUGGCAUUAUCCAACUCCUAUAAGCUCCGGUGCUCCAUCCCGGGGCAUGAGAUGGACGUCCGGGGGGUCACGGCCGCCCUGGUCCCCGCCGGAGCGUUCGUGUCCGUGUCCAGAGACCGGACUGGAAGGGUCUGGACCCCUAAUGCAAGUCCAGACAAAGGCUUCACAGAGAUGCACUGUUUGACCGGCCACACCAACUUCGUGUCCUGUGUGUGCAUCAUCGCCCCGAGCGAGACUUACCCCAGGGGGCUUAUCGCCACGGGGGGAAACGAUAACAACAUUUGUGUGUUCUCACUGGAUCAACCACAGCCCCUCUUCAUGCUGCAAGGCCAUAAAAACACAGUUUGCACUUUGUCCUCCGGGAAGUUUGGCACACUCCUGAGCGGCUCUUGGGACACCACCGCUAAAGUGUGGCUCAACGAGAAGUGCAUGAUGACACUGCAGGGUCACACUGCGGCAGUCUGGGCGGUCGCCAUCCUCCCAGAACAGGGCCUCAUGCUGUCCGGCUCCGCAGAUAAAUCCAUAAAGCUUUGGAAAGCCGGCCGCUGUGAAAAGACAUACACAGGCCAUGAGGACUGCGUCAGGGGUCUGGCCGUCCUCAGUGACACAGAGUUCUUCUCCUGCAGCAACGACACCAGCGUGAGGAGAUGGAUGGUGACCGGGGAGUGUGUCCAGGUCUACCUCGGCCACACAAACUACAUCUACAGCAUAGCCAUCUUCCCCAACAGCCAAGACUUUAUAAGCACAGGAGAAGACCGGACAGUGAGGAUAUGGAGGAAGGGGGAGUGCCAUCAGACCAUCCGCCUACCGGCCCAGUCGGUGUGGAGCUGCUGCAUUCUGCCCAACAACGACAUAGCGGUGGGGGCCAGUGAUGGGCUCAUCCGAGUGUUCACCGAGGCAGAGGAUCGCGUGGCCAGUCCACAGGAGCUGCUGGCCUUCGAGGACGAGCUCUCCAAGACCACCAUAGACCCCAAGACGGGAGACCUGGGGGACAUCAAGAUCGACGACCUGCCUGGGAGGGAACACCUGGACGAGCCUGGGAACCGCGACGGACAGACGCGUCUGAUCAAGGAGGCGGACAAGGUGGAGGCGUACCAGUGGAGCGUCGCCGAGAGCCGCUGGGUGAAGAUCGGAGACGUGGUGGGAGGGUCCAGCCAGCACACCACCAAGAAGGUCACGUACGAGGGGAAGGAGUACGACUUUGUGUUCACCAUCGACGUGAACGAGGGAGGGCCGUCCAUGAAGCUGCCCUACAACAUGUCCGAGGAUCCCUGGCUCACCGCACACAACUUCCUGCAGAAGAACGACCUGAGCUCCGCCUUCCUGGACCAGGUGGCCAACUUCAUCAUCGAGAACUCCAAGGGGCACGUGGUGGGGCCGGCCACCCCCAGUGCAGUAGACCCCUUCACUGGAUCCGGGCGCUACGUCCCGGGAGCGGCGGACGGCAGGACGGGCUUCGGGGCGGACCCCUUCACAGGCUCUGGCCGAUACAUCCCCGGGUCAGGAUCCACUGGCGGCUCGACAGGUGCGACCGACCCCUUUACAGGUGGAGGUGCCUACUCCUCCGCAGCCUUCAGGCAGACCGCCACCAACAUCUACUUCCCCAAGACGGACAGCGUGACCUUCGACCAGGCCAACGCCACACAGAUUAUGGCCAAGCUGAAGGAGCUGAACGGCACUGCGUCCCCGGAGCACAAGCUGUCGGAGGAGUUUGUGGAGAGCCUGGAGAGGAUGCUGGACAGCGUGGUGGGCGGAGCCAACAACUCCACGCCGCCACCCAGCCUGCAGCAGAUCAACCUGCUCUGGAAGGCGUCCCACUGGCCUGAAGACAUCGUGUUCCCCGUGCUGGACAUCCUGCGGCUGGCAGUGCGCCACCCGCAGGUCAACGAGAGCCUGUGCGGCGAGGCGGAGGGCGUGCAGCUCUGCAACCACCUGCUGGGCCUGAUGGCCCCCCAGGGCCGGCCGGCCAACCAGAUGCUGGCCCUGAGGACUCUGUGCAACUGCUUCGGGGGCCCCCAGGGCCGCGCCCUCCUCCUGGCGCAGCGGGAGGCCGUGCUGGCGCGCGCGGCCGAGCUGGCCGUCGGCGGCAGCAAGAACACCCAGGUGGCGCUGGCCACGCUGCUGCUGAACUACGCGGGCUGCCUGCACGGGCGGCCCGACCUGGAGGCCAAGGCGCAGUGCCUGUCGGUGGCCAGCAGCGCGCUGGAGUCGGUGCAGGACAAGGAGGCGGUGUUCCGGCUGCUGGUGGCGCUGGGCACGACCCUGGCCUCGGACCAGUCGGCCCGAGAGCUGGCCCGCUCCCUGGGGGUCACCUCCCAGAUCGGCAAGUACUCGUCGGUGGCGGACCCGGCCAAGGUGGGCGAGUGCUGCCAGCUGGUGCUGAAUGAACUGCAGUGACGUGGGGGAGAGGGGGGCACGCGUGGUGACCUGGCUUAAUAUCGGUUUCAAUAUCCCGUUUUUGUUCAACAAUUGUUUGUGGUGGAUACAUGACUAAUGCACGUGCAGCAAUAAAAAAAGAUGUACAAAUUGCAAAUUUGAAUAAACUUUUUUUUAUUUA